AUGGGAUCUAUUCCAUCAGAGCCACCUCAUAUCGUGUGCAUUCCAUUCCCAGCACAAGGCCAUGUUAACCCAUUUAUGAACUUGGCCAAGCUUCUUCACUCUAGAGGGUUCCAUAUAACCAUGGUUUACACAGAGUUCAACCACAGCCGUCUGCUCCGGUCCAAAGGGUCAGAGGCCGUGAAGAACUCACCGGGUUUUCAGUUUGAGACCAUCCCGGAUGGGGUGCCACCCUCGAACCCAGAUGCCACUCAGAGUGUCACUGAGCUUUUGUACUACACAAAGAAACAUUCCGUGGUUCCGCUGAGGGACCUGAUUGUAAAGCUCAAUUCCACCGAGGGUUUGCCUAAGGUUAGUUGCAUUAUUUCGGAUGGAAUUAUGAGCUUUGCAAUUAAGGUGGCCCGAGAACUUGGAAUUCCUGAGGUCCAGUUCUGGACUGCAUCCACUUGUGGUCUCGUGGCCUAUCUCCAAUUUGGAGAACUUGUCAAAAAGAGCAUCUUCCCAUUAAAAGAUGAGAAAGACGUCAGCAAUGGAUAUCUGGAAGACACUGCCCUAGAGUGGAUCCCAGGGAUGCAGCACAUGCGCCUCAAGGACAUGCCCAGCUUCGCACGAAGCACCGAUCCCGAAGACAUUGCCUUCAACCGGUGGCUGGAAGAAGCCCAAGACAUCCUCACAGCCGAUGCAAUCGUCUUCAACACCUUCGUCGAAUUCGAAGCCGAAGUGCUCGAGACAGUCUCCUCCAUGUUCCCCAACAUCUACAACCUCGGCCCUCUCACCACCCUCAACACCAACCUCAUCAAGAACGAAGUAAACGGCACGAGGCCAAGCCUGUGGAAGGAGAACACCGACUGCCUCACUUGGCUCGACACUCAAAAGCCCAACUCAGUCAUUUACUUGAACUUCGGCAGCAUCGCUGUGAUGACCGAGGACAACUUCAAGGAGUUUGCAUGGGGGCUGGCCAACAGCGGCCAUCCCUUCUUGUGGAUCGUGCGGCCGGACGUAGUGAAGGGCACGAACGGGACCGUUCUGCCAGAAGAGUUUCUUGAGGAGACGAGGGAUCGGAGCAUGAUUGCCCGAUGGUGCCCCCAAGAUAAGGUGCUCGCACACCCGUCCGUGGGGGCAUUUUUGACUCAUAGUGGAUGGAACUCAACUUUGGAGGGGAUUUGUGGAGGGGUGCCGAUGCUUUGCUGGCCUUUCUUUGCUGAGCAGCAAGUGAACUGUAGGUACGCGAGCACGACUUGGGGGGUAGGGUUGGAGAUUGAUAGCGAUGUGAAGAGGGAAGGGGUUGAGGCUCUGGUGAGGGAGAUGAUGGAAGGGGAGAAUGGGAAGGUGAUGAGAAACAAGGCAGUGGAGUGGAAGAAGAAAUCGGAGAUUGCUUGUGUUGAAGGAGGAUCGUCUUAUGAUGAUUUCGAGAGGUUCGUUGGGUACCUUCUGGAGCUGUCCACUUUCCAGGCUUAG